AUGCGACCGUUACCGGGCGGUGACGCCCUCCCUCCCUCCGCGAAGCCGCGGUCUCGAAAGUCGAGCGUCGAUCAUCCCGCCAUCACGUCGAGCAAUGUCCCUACCGCCUUCUUCAUGAAACGUGAAGAGGACUUGGAGCAGUCUUCGUCCGUAUCUCAUAGCACGGAUAGCAUAGGCAAAUCGCGAGAGAGUACUUAUGGUGUACAGAGCCUGGCAGACACACUGGAAGCCGCGUUUGGCGCGGAGAGCACGGCAGCUGGCAUAAGAACAGAGGGCUGCAGUUCCACAAGAAAUCAUGGCAAGAAGACUUCAAGGUCAGGGUCACUCAGCUCAUUAACAAGUUCUAUAAGACCACCAGAGAGCUCCAAGUCGUCUCCAGUACGAAAGCUGAAGAGGAAGCUAUCGAACCAUGGCCCGCCUGUGCCCUUCACGCUCCCCACUACCAACGCGUCACCUCCAAUACCCCCCUCAGCCAUGCCUAGCUCCCCAAAGUCAGUCUCUCUACACUCACUCAAGCUUUCCGACGAAGAGUCGACUCUCGACGAUCUCGCAAGUCAAGCAAUUACGUCCAGUGGAGAGGAGGAAGAGGAUGCAACUGUACAGGAAGAUGCCGUGAGCAGCUUUCCACAGCUUGUCAUGCCCAGUAUACAGAUGCCAACAAGGAGGCCUUUUACCACCAAGGGCAAGGCCAUGGGCAAGCUAAAGAUAAUGGUUGCCGGACAGACAGGUAUCGGCAAAACAUCUCUCAUUCGAUCGAUUGUCCAGCUUUGCGAAGACAUCGUCCACGUGGACCCUCUCUCCCCUUCUCAAUCAUUCUCUCAUCCACCACCACCCAAGUCCAAGUCUCGUAAGGGCAAGACAGAACAUACAGCCACUACACGAAUAACGGAGAUUCACGCCAGUACCAAGCCUUACCCUCACUGGUGGACAGACGUCGAAGAGAGUCGCAUUUUGCGGAGGAGAAAAAGCAGCGUCGACGCUGUUUUGGAACGGAAUAUCUGCUUCGUGGACACGCCCGGCUACACCCAGGGGUCAUCAGAAAACGAGGAUAUGAACCUCGUGGCGGACUAUGUAGAGUCUCUUCUAUAUCAAACAUCAUCAGUAACAUCCAUGGAAGACAGCGAUCUGCUUGGGGUUGUUAGCGGAAUUGGUGGCAUCCUGAUAGACGCUGUGCUCUAUCUUUUAGCACCAAACCAGGAUAUAUCCAAGGAUAUUGAGUUCAUGCGGCGCCUGUCAUAUCUUACCAACGUCAUCCCUGUCAUAGCAAGGUCGGAUACGCUUUCUGCACAAGAGGCUAUCGCUAUGAAGACAUCCAUUCUCGCUCGGUUGCAGACAACAUCUAUUAAGCCCUUCUUCUUUGGGAAGGCUCUAGAUGAUGCCCUCCUUGCCGCGCAGGGACUUUCUGUCGUACAUUCGCUGUCAACUCCGCCAUCUUCCUUCCAGCCCGAGGUACCGACGGAGCCAUCUCAAUACCCCCUCAAUACCCCGACAUACCCUUAUGCAAUAUCCUCGAUAUCUGGGCCAGACAAUGAGAACAUGGAUGCUUCGCUUCUCAUGUCAGCCGAUUAUGUGCAACCCCUUCUGCCCUCCGAACUCAUCCCGCUGGUCAACCAAGUUUUCGACCCCGAAUCUAUUGCCUGGCUUCGACACUCGGCAGCAAAGAAGUUCCUCGCAUGGCGGCGGAGGACGAAAUUUCCCGGAGACUUGUUCGCGAUGCAAGGCGUACAACAACCACGCAGCCCGACAACGGCUUCAGUGGGGCUCAAUGUGGCCGCUAUGAACGCGUCUACGACUUCCUCGAUUUUCUCAGCUGCUUCACCGUCAGGGGUUCUGGUUCCACGUUCGGGCUCACCCUUUUACCCUUCGAAUCUACAGUCUCCGUUCCUCGCGUCUUCUGCUUCGUUAGCUAACUCCGACACUUUGGAGUGCCCAGCCGAUUUUUCACUAACGCGAUAUGUCAACUACGCGCAGGGUGAACAGCGACCAUCGGAUGUAAGGAUCGGGAAAUGGGCAACGGAUCUUCAACGCAGCCUGCGCAAUGAGCGUGACAGAUUUGAAGAGCUACAACGCAACGACCGCGCAAAAUGGCUGCUCGAGCGCGUCGGCGAAGAAGUUUCAAGAGGCACAAUCGUCACAUCACCUGGUGGCUCACCAAGAGCUGAGUGGGCCGUUGUCAGGCAUGGUGAUGAAAAGGCCAGUAAAGCAGGCCAACGAUACAGCAAAGCUGCUAGUCUAGAUUCUCGAGAUCCUCUCGGCCUUUGCAACUUCAGCGACGAAGUUCGGAGAAGAAGUUUCGUCCUGGUCAAGGUAUUGGGUGGUAUGAGUGUGCUGGGCGCGGUUGUUAUUGCAGUUGUUAGAGCCUGUGGUAUGGAGACGGGGUUGCCACAGGGCGGAUGGUGGAAUUGGUUGACGGGUGGCGCGGAGUAG